AAGUUAGAAGCCAAGUGCUGCUCAUCGACAUUCUUUCAAAGCUAUCUGGAAAUGAUAGCCGCUCAAGAACUCUCAGAAUUUCUUCAAAUGGAGAUUCGCCUCAAAUUCGAGGAAGAAGUUCUUGAAUUCUACAGAAAUGGAGAAAUCAAAACUGCUCAUUCAAAGAAGGACCCACAGCGGACAUUUCCGGUCAUCAAGUCCACUGUUGGAGGUAUGAAAGUGAAGCUUUCGCAGAAGAAAUUGGGAGAAAAGCUUCGCCUUCCCAACUCUGGGAUUGAAAUUGGGAAAUUUCCAGCCAAAAAUCUGGACUGGAACAUCAUUGGAAUUUCUGGGCAAAUUCCUUCUGGCCCGGCAAAGAAAGCAGAUCUAAACAACGACUACAAGUUGAUUUUAGAACUGGUCAUCGCCUGCCUCGAGUGUGGAAGUGGAGGUCACGCCGAUGACAUCACCCAGGAGAGAGCCUUCAUCAUCAACGCUCUCAUUACCAAAACUAAGUUGUUGAAGAAGCGUGACCUUCGAAGGAACAACAAAGCCAGCACGAGUGCAGUAGCAACAUUGGCCUUGCGAAGAUAUACCGUGCAGAAAUUCACACAAGUGUAAUUGUUGGUUCAUUAUUCAACAACCAACUACAUAGUGGAUUUUGAGGACGUAGAAGGAUUACCCCACCUUCGAACCUCGUUAAAGUUUGCGUGUCUCUCUCUCUUUUAUCUUCACUCUUACUUACAAUUAUAUUAACUGUGAAAACUAACCCAUCCAUAUUGAUUACUGCUCACUCUACCCACCAAAUUCCGCAUACAAUCUAAAGUUCACAAGAACUCUAGAUUAACACUUACUUUCACGUUUUUAAAAGAAACGAAAAAGAUUUUA